AUGGUGUCCGAGACUAAAUUAUACGAUUCACUAGGUGUCAAGCCUGAUGCGACCCAAGAUGAGAUCAAGAAAGCAUAUCGGAAAAUGGCCUUAAAACACCACCCAGACAAGAAUCCAGAUGAUCCGAAAGCUGGCGAGAAAUUCAAAGAAGUCUCACAGGCUUACGAGCUCUUGUCAGACCCCGAAAAACGAAAAGUGUACGAUCAAUACGGCCUCGACUUCCUUCUCGGGGGUGGAGCGCAAGCACCACCGGGUGGAGGAGGCGCAGGCCCCGGCACAGGCGCUGGACCAGGAGGCAUACCCGCAGGGUUUGAGCAAAUGUUCGGCGGCGGCAUGCCGGGUGGUGGAGGGGGAACUCGAUCCUUUCACUUCAGCUCAGGCGGAGGGCCAGGCGCGGGUGGUUUCAGUUUCAGCAAUCCGGACGACAUUUUCUCGAGUUUCUUCAAAAGCGGCGGUGCGGGCAUGGGCGAUGAUGAUGAUAUCUUUUCGCAAUUUUCUUCUAGUGGAGGCAGUCGUGGGGGACCAAGAAUGUCACGGAAGGAGUCGUAUGGGGGUGCAGGUUCUAGGAGACGGGCGCUUACACCUGAGGUCACCACCGUUGAGAAAACGCUGCCAGUGUCCCUAGAGGAUUUGUACAGGGGAACGCAUAAGAAGAUGAAGAUAAAACGGAAGAACUUCGAUGCAAGAACGGGGAGGAGGGCUGUAGAGGACAAGAUUCUAGAUGUCGAUAUCAAGCCAGGCUACAAAGCCGGCACCAAGAUCAAAUUCAAAGGGGUAGGGGAUCAAGACGAGGCAGGGACACAGGAUCUACACUUCAUCAUCUCAGAGAAAGAUCAUCCAACGUUCAGACGUGAAGGCGACAAUCUGAUUGCUCCUAUUGAACUUGAGCUGAAGGAAGCUCUCACGGGAUGGAAACGCACAAUCCCCACCAUCGAUGGAAAGCAGCUACCUGUGUCCGGCGGUGGACCAACGGGACCAGGUUUUAGAGAAACGUUUCCUGAGCGGGGUAUGCCCAAAAGCAAGAAGCCAGGCGAACGAGGAGACUUGAUCGUGGAAGUGAAGGUCAAAUUUCCCCCAAGUCUCACGGCAGCACAGAAGUCACAGUUGAAAGAAAUAUUAUGA